AUGUUCGCCGAGGGGUCGCGCAAUGAGCAGGAGAUAUGCGUGGUGGGGGACAAGGGCAAGGUGGAGGCGCUGGUCCCCGAAGGCAUCGUGCGGGUGGGCAGGCGUGACGGGGGCAGGCAGGGCGUGGUGACUCGCACAUGCAGCGAUGAGCGCAUACAGUACGAGGGGCUGCACCACGGGGCGAGCUUCAUCGAGCACCUCGAGUUCCUGCGCGUUGUCACGCAGGGCGGGGAGGGGGCAUCGCAGCAGCUGGUGGGGCUGGAGGAGGGGCGCCUGGCCAUGGCCAUGGGGGUGGCGGCGCAUGUGUCCAUCGACACGGGUCGCCCCGUGCUGCUGGCCGACGUUCUCUCGCAAGCCGCCGUGUGGAUGCCUGGCGUGGCGGGCGAGGCAGAGGCCCUUGCCCGCGACGCAUCUGGUUGA